AUGCCUCGCUUCGACGACGCUGACUUCGCUGUUGAUCCCGCCCCUGCGGCUCCCGGUACUGCUCCGGCCCCCGCUGCUCGCUCCCCCCGAGAUGGUCGUAGCAGCCUGGCGGGUUCUCUGCCCAUCCCCAAUGAUGCGGGUGCCACCAUUGAGAUCCCCGCCACCCGCAGCUCCAUCAGCGAUGCUGCUCAGUACAUGCACAACCUGAGCCUGGCUCCCUCGACAAGGGACCGUCGGGGCUCUCGCAACUCCUUCGGCACCUCCCUCCCUAUCCCCAGAUCUCCCCGUGUGUCUCGUCUGGCAUCCGUGGUCGCCGCGGAUGGCAACUCGGUUUCCCGCGACCUCCUGGCCUCUCAGGUCCAGGACAUGUCCAAGGAGAAGGUCGCUGCUGCCAAGAACAUGGCCUUUGCCUUCGAUAUCGAUGGUGUCCUGGCCCACGGUAACCAUGCCAUUGAGCCCGCCAAGGAGGCCCUGAAGAUGCUCAACGGUGACAACGAGCUGGGCAUCAAGAUCCCUUACAUUCUGCUCACCAACGGUGGCGGUAAGACCGAAGCUGCCCGUUGCGAGCAGCUCACCGAGGUUCUCGGUGUCCCUAUCUCGACCGACCAGUUCAUCCAGUCUCACACCCCAAUGCAGGCAUUGGCGGAGUACUACGAGACGGUGCUUGUGUUGGGUGGUGAGGGCCAGAAGAUCCGUGAGGUCGCCGAGAACUACGGCUUCAAGAACGUCGUCCACCCCAAGGACAUUGUCGCCUGGGACCCCACUGUGUCUCCCUGGGGACACUUCUCGGAGGAAGACCGCGCCCAGGCCAAGCCCCGCGACUUCUCCAAGAUGAAGUUCGACGCGAUCCUGGUCUUUGCCGACUCUCGUGACUACGCUACCGACAUGCAGCUGAUCCUGGAUCUCUUGCUCGCGGAGGAUGGCAAGUUGUUGACCCGUGCCAAGGACCCCGUCGCCUCUCGCAUCCCCAUCUACUUCUCUCAGGGUGACCUGAUCAUGCCGACCGACCACAAGGGACCACCCCGUCUCACCCAGGGUCUCUUCCGUAUCUCCAUUGAGGCUCAGUACAAGGCUCUCACCGGCGUCGACCUGGAGCGUGUCGUCUACGGCAAGCCCGAGCGUGCCACCUACACCUACGCCGAUGAGGUCCUCAAGUCGUGGAUGGAGCAGAUCCACAACGAGAACCGUCUCCCCAAGAACAUCUACAUGGUUGGUGACAACCCCGCUUCCGACAUCUGCGGUGGUAACAUGUACGGCUGGAAUACCUGCUUGGUCCGUACCGGUGUCUUCCAGGGUGGUGACAACGACACCAACAACCCCGCCAACUUCGGUGUCUUCCCCAACGUCUUGGAGGCCGUCAAGGCUGCCGUCCGCAAGGAGCUUGGCCAGGAGUUCAAGUUCAAGUGGAACCCCAAGGUUAACCCCGUCACCGGCGGUGACAGCGGCUCCGCUGUCGAAUAA